CAUAUCCGGUAACGUCCAUCACACUUCCUGUCUUUUUCCUACGUGUUAUUAGCACAAUAAUGGCAUCUUGUAGUGAGGAGUCUGCUAAGGUUACAGCCUCAGACGAAGAACCGACUGAACAUCUUGCGUCCCAGAAAAGAGAAGCGAGACUACGAAAGUUUCGAGAGUUACAUUUCAAACGGAAUGAAGCACAUAAACUCAAUCACAAGGAGGUUGUGGAGGAGGACAAGAGACUGAAACUCCCUGCUAACUGGGAGGCUAAGAAAGCCAGACUGGAAUGGGAACUUGCUGAAGAUCAAAAGAAAAAGGAAUGUGCUGCCAGAGGGGAAGACUACAACAGAGUAAAACUACUGGAGAUCACUGCUGACGAUGCCGAGCGCUGGGAGAGGAGGAAGAAGAAGAAGAAGAAUCCAGACACAGGAUUUGCAGGUUAUGCCGAGGCUCAGUUCCGACAGUACCAGAGGCUCACCAAGCAGAUCAGACCAGACAUGGACACCUAUGAGAAACAGCGCGAGGAAUGUGGUGAGGACUUCCACCCCACAUCUAAUAGCCUCUUCCACGGCACCCACGUCCCAACAAAGGAGGGUGUUGACCGUAUGGUGGAAGACGUUGAGAAACAGAUUGAGAAGCGGGCCAAGUACAGCCGACGCAGGGCCUACAACGACGACGCAGACAUCGACUACAUUAACGAGAGGAAUGCCAAGUUCAACAAGAAGGCGGAGCGUUUCUACGGCAAAUACACAGCAGAGAUCAAGCAGAACUUGGAGAGAGGCACAGCUGUCUAGAAGGUCCAGUCACCUCUGCGUUCACUGCCGUUACGCUUUCAUUAAAGUGUCUUGGAUGCCGCUUUUGCUUCUCAGUAAUACAUGUACUUAAAAACAAGAAUGGACUGUAUUGUAAGCCAGUUUCUCAGACAUUUUUAUAUCAUACUGGGGUUAUUUUGAGUACCUUACCUCUAAGGUCAUUUAAUUCUCUAAGAUAUGUAAUGUGCAGUGUUUCUUUGUACAGUAUUAGAAGUUUAAGAAAAUGCUGUUAUGAUUCUCUUCAUUUUUAAAUAAACCACUUCCAAUUAUCCAGUUCACUCGCAAA